AUGGUCCGAUUACGAUCUUCACUACGACUCUACCCCUCAGGCCUACCGCGCCUCACCCUCAGCCGCCACACGCGACUUGCGCUUCUCCUCGUCCUAGCAACCGCCAUUCUUGAAGUCUUCCUCCACACCCAAAAUUGGGCCGUCCGACAACCCGAUCACGAGCUCGACGAGCCCUUCUACACAUCAUGUCAAGAACCAGCCAUUGAACAGCCGCGCGAGAAGGCGGCGAUGGUGAUGCUGGUGCGCAACCAGGAGCUGAUGAAGGCGCUCAAGACGAUCCAGAGCAUAGAGAAACAUUUCAACCAGUGGUAUCACUACCCAAUUGUGUUUCUGAACGACGAGCCGUUCACCGAGGAGUUCAUCAGCGUGAUGAACACGACUGUGAGCGGAGAAGCAAGGUUCGAGCUCGUGCCGAAGAAGGACUGGCUGUUCCCCGAGUGGAUGGACGUGACGGAUGCGAAGGCGGCAAUCAAGGCGCAGGGGGCAGCGGGGAUCUUGUAUGCUGGGUUGGAGACUUAUCAUCAUAUGUGUCGGUUUUACUCUGGCAAAUUCUACACCCUCGAAGCCCUCAAAGCCUACAAAUGGUACUGGCGAAUCGAACCAGACGUCAACUUCUACUGCUCCAUCACCUACGACCCCUUUGUCGAAAUGACCAAACACGACAAGGUGUACGGCUUCACUAUCGCUCUGCCAGAGGAGCCCCGGACGUGCCCGAGCCUCUUCCGCAAGAUGGCCGACUACAAGGAGUCAAACAACAUCCUGACAACCGAGCUGUGGAAGGCAACGGUAGCUGCUUCGUGGAUGCCAUGGCCACUUCGCUCGUUCAUGAGCUGGUUCGGACACCGCGACCGCUUCGGUGACGGGUGGAGCUUGUGCCACUACUGGUCCAACUUUGAGAUUGCCAACCUGGACUUCUUUCGGGGCAAGGAGUAUCAGCGGUUGUUCGAGUACUUGGACAAGACUGGGGGGUUUUACUAUGAGCGGGCAGAUGAGUAUAGGGAGGAGGCACAUGGGUUGACUUAG